CUUAUUUUUAAACACAGUGCUGCUAAAAUGCAGGCAGCUAAUAGAGUAAGAGGAUUGAAGGGAACGACAGUGCUAUAACAGGUUGGGUAACACUUGAGGAGGAGGAAAACAGUGGGGUAUAAAGAGACGAAAGUGACACAGGAGCGUUACCAGUCCUCAGCACAGCACUGAAGGAUUUACACCCCCAUCCUGAAAAGGAGCCGUGCAAUUUAGGACAACAGGAGAUCUCUACUGCCAGCAGAGGCCACAUAUACUCUCAAUCACUCCAAAGAAACAUGUCUGCAAAAGUCUACAAGAAAACUAGCCCCAAUAGCAAGCUCUCUCUUUACCUGGGAAAAAGAGACUUUAUAGACCAUGUGGACUCAGUGGAUGAAGUAGAUGGAGUGGUUCUUGUGGAUCCAGAGUAUCUGAAAGACAGAAAAGUUUACGUGGUGUUGGCAUGUGCAUUCCGUUAUGGCCGGGACGACUUGGAUGUCAUUGGCUUGUCAUUCAGAAAGGACAUUUAUGUGUCCACUAUCCAAGUGUACCCUCCUACAUCAGAAGAGAAAAAACAAAACACAAGCCUGCAGCACCAUCUCGUAAAGAAGUUGGGAGAAUAUGCCUACCCCUUCACUUUCACGAUUCCUACCAACUUGCCCUGCUCAAUCACUUUGCAGCCUGGCCCUGAUGAUGUUGGCAAGUCCUGUGGCGUUGACUAUGAAGUCAAAGCAUUCUGUGCUGAGAAUCUGGAGGAGAAAAUUCACAAAAGGAAUUCAGUUCGACUGAUCAUCAGGAAGGUACAGUUUGCCCCAAGUAAUGUUGGGGCAGCACCAAAGGUGGACACCACACGUCAGUUCAUGAUGUCAGAUAAGCAGCUUCACUUGGAGGCAUCUCUUGACAAAGAGAUUUACUAUCAUGCAGAAUCCAUUGGGGUGAACAUUAAGAUUACCAACAAUACAAAUAAGAUUGUGAAGAAAGUGAAAAUUACAGUGGAACAGCUCACAGACGUGGUUCUCUACUCACUGGAUAAAUACUCCAAGUCUAUAGUGAAUGAGGAGUUCAAUGAUACGGUAAAUGGCAACUCAACCUUUUCUAAGACUUACAAUAUAAUACCUAUGCUAGACAACAACAGGCAGAAGAGAGGCCUGGCACUGGAUGGCAAACUUAAACAUGAAGACACAAAUCUGGCAUCCACCACCAUUGUACGGCAAGGAAUGGAUAAAGAAAUCCUAGGUAUCCUUGUCUCUUACAAACUGAAGGUCAACUUAAUGGUGUCACGAGGAGGCAUUCUAGGAGAUCUGACUGCCAGUGAUGUUGGAGUGGAAAUCCCCUUUAUUCUAAUGCACCCCAAACCUGAAGGUAAUUAAAUGAUUUUUUAAGUAACUGUCAUUUCAUAAAUAACAGGCUACC